AUGGCUGCCAUGUACGAGGACCUGGGCAGCUCGCGUACGCUUGGGGCCUCGGUCUCGUCACUGUCAUCUCGCCAGCACUCCCAGCACAUUGCCAAAGCCUACCGCCAGGCCGCCCAGCUGUUCCUCACGCGUCGCCUGCCCGAGGCGCUGUCCACGAUCGAACCCAUCGUCACCCCUCCCACCCAAGACGACGCCAAUGGCUCCCAUGACGGCGACCUGUCCGGCUAUGCGCCCAUAGCAACCGCGUCGCGGGGCACGCGGGUCAAGGUGUGGAGCUUCUACCUCACCUUCCUCAAUGCCGUUGUCGAGCUGGGUGCCGAGGAGGGAAAGCUGGCAUUUGGCAGCACGAGAUGGAAGCAAUUGGUCUCCAAGUGCCGCGAUGGCAGCGUAUGGGAUGAUGUUGCGCGCGACGGUUAUGCUGGCGUAGAGGGCGAUGUCGACGCCGAGGUCGUCGUCAACUUGGCAACUCUACUACUCACACAUUCACCGUCCCAGCGGCUGAACCAACACAAGCUGGAGACCUAUCUUUCGGCAUCGGCUAACCCUACCUUUGACAUCUCCUCACACAUGUCCUCCUCUGCAUACCUCCAGCGCCGGCCCAGCCAGCAGAACACUGGCACGAAUACACCGCGGGACCUCAACACCCGGUUGAAGCUCCUCGAGCUGUACACUCUCCACGUGCUCCCGCGCAAUGACGAGUGGGAUUACGCCCGGGAAUUUAUAUCCAUGUCCGAAGUGCUCGACGACGAGCGCAAAGAAGCUUUCUUGCUUGCUCUUCACUCGCUCAAGGAAGAGAAGGAAGACGCAGAGAAGCGCGAAGAACGCUUACGUCAACAGCAACAAGAGCAGCUAGAGCAACGGAGAAGGGAAACUGAGGCUCGCCGAUUGGAACAGUCUCGGGCAGAAGACGAGCGAAGAAAACGCGAAGAAGAAAACAGGCGGCAGCCCAGAGGCUCCGACGAAAUGUACCGUAGCCCCAGCGCCCCUCGCCAAGCGCCUUCUACAUCAUCGCGAGCAUCACGACCAGCCAAGAAAGCGGUCAGUCCACCGCCCGGCCUGUACCACCGCGCAACUGCCCUACUGUUGUCGAUGCAAGCCAUGAUUACGAACACCGCGCACUCGAUGACGGCCAACCCCAUGGCUUUCUUCCGUACUCUACUCUUUCUUCUUGCUUUUGCUCUGGCGUUUGGGCGAAGGGACCUUCGGGAGCGCAUCAUGCGCAUUUUGCGAAAUGGGCUGGAUAAGGUCCGCCGUACGGUGGGUAUGGGCGUCAAGGUCUCGUAUAUUUGA